AUGCAAACUUGCAGAUUCCCUGGCUUAUCCUCGUACGUCGUAGCUCCGGACUGCAUCGCAUUGCAGCAGGAAUAUCCCUGCCGCCAAAGAGCCAGGUCUCGGGAGCAGGCACGCCUUGCUGCCGUGCAACGUCGCGAAUCCCUCGCGGUGGGUAACCUCGGCGCGCCCUCCCGCGGCUGCGACUCGUGGUCGCCCGGGCUUGGGUACGGUGUCGCGGCGCUCCGAGGCGGCGGCACCACCGCUGCAGGCUGGGAUGAUCGAGGUCUGCUCCCCUUACCUACUUGUACGUACCACCUACCUUAUUCCCUGGUGCCGUGCCUCGCCGCUGCUGCGUCGCGCACCCGGAGGAGCGGAAGGGAGCGGGUAGGGGACCCCGGCGGCCGGCUGCGCCGCAUGCCUAUCCGACGCGUGCGUUGCCUGCACGUACCCUACCAGCUGCGAGGCGGUAAGUUAAACAGCCAGCAAAGUGCAGGCAGCCUGAUAUGGGCGUAG